AUGGCUACAGAAGAUGCGCGCUACCGGACCUCGUCGCAGUUCCGACUGUGGUCCUUCACACCAGCCCAUCUCUCAUCGCUGCGCGCGGAAAACAACCAUCUUGCCAAGGCCGCGAUCUCGGCGCGCCUGCAGUCCUCUGUACCGCCCGUCGACCAUCUUCCCGAAUUCCUCACGUCCGAAGAGGAGCUUUCCCUGCUCAACUUUUACACUGUCGAGCUUCUGCGAGCUGCCGCCUUCCUUGAGCUUCCGACCGACAUCCGUGCGACGGCCGCCGUCUUCCUCCGCCGCUUCUACAUUACCAAUAGCAUCAUGACAUACCCCCCAACCGAGCUGCUCAAGACUUGUCUGUUCUUUGGGUGCAAGUCCGAGGGUUACUUUAUGCGACUCUCCAAGUUUGCCGAGAAAUUCCCCAACACGAGCGGCGAGGUCGUUCUUGCAGCCGAAUACGUCUUGUGCCAGGGCAUACGGUUCGCUUUCGACGUACGGCAUCCUUUCCGAGCACUCGAAGGCGCCAUCAUGGAGCUGCGCAGGCUGGGAGACUUUGACGCCAAGAGAGUGGACCGCGCCCACGGCAGGACUCGGGAGAUACUCAAGUUCAGCCCGCUCGUCACGGACGCCUACUUCCACUACACCCCGAGCCAGAUUAUGUUAGCCGCUCUGUCCAUGGCGGAUGAGGGCUUGGUGCAGCGCAUGCUGAGAGACGCAUUCGCUGGACAGGGUGAAGCUGAGAAGGAAAAUGUCUGGUCUGUCAUCCAGUCUGCUCGCGAGCUGCUGGAGAGAGAACCGCCGGAGAGAAUGACGGAAUACUGGGGAAGCCAAGAGACAAACAGGUCCAUGAAACCUCUGAUCAAGAAACUCAAGAAGUGCCGCGAUCCUGACCGCGUCGACCUGGUGGCCCUGCAGAAAGCCCGCCGCCAACAAGCAGAGCAGAAGAAACCAAAACCCACACUCAAGGACGACACUGCCAUCUUCGGGGGGGCCGUCGAUGACCGCGAAGCGAAGAGAAGGAAGACAGCCGCCAACGGAGAUGACCCAUUCGGGCCUUCAUUGGGUUGA